AUGGGGGACUGGAAUUUUCUGGGAGGGAUCCUGGAGGAGGUUCAUAUCCACUCCACCAUGGUGGGGAAGAUCUGGCUGACUGUGCUCUUCAUCUUUCGCAUGCUGGUGCUGGGCGUGGCCGCCGAGGACGUGUGGAACGACGAGCAGGUCGACUUCAUCUGCAACACCCAGCAACCGGGCUGCAGGAACGUCUGCUACGACCGCGCCUUCCCCGUCUCCCUGAUCCGCUACUGGGUUCUUCAGGUGAUCUUUGUGUCGUCGCCAUCGCUGGCGUACAUGGGCCACGCGAUCUACCGCCUCCGUGCCCUGGAGAAGCAGCGGCACUGCAGGAGGGCGGCACUGCGGCGCGAACUGGAGGUGCUGGAACCGGAACAGACGGAGGCCCGGCGCCGAGUGGAAAGGGAACUUAGGCAACUCGAGCAAGGGAAGCUAAACAAAGCCCCGCUGAGGGGGUCGCUGCUGCGCACCUACGUCGCUCACGUCAUGACCAGGUCUGUCCUGGAGGUGGGGUUCAUGGUGGGCCAGCAUGUCCUGUACGGAAACCGGCUGGAGCCGCUGUACAGAUGUGAACGUGAGCCGUGUCCCAACUCCGUGGACUGUUUCGUGUCCCGUCCGACAGAGAAGAGCAUGUUCAUGGCGUUCAUGCAGGUCAUCGCGGCCGUCUCGCUCCUCCUCAGCCUGAUGGAGAUCAUACAUCUAGGGUACAAGAAGCUGAAGAGAGGAAUCCUGGCGCACUACACUCACGUCAAGGACGAUCUAGAUGAUUACUGCGCAAGCAAAUCCAAGAAGAACUCGGUGGUCCAGCAGGUUUGUGUCCCCCAAGGACGGAAAGCCACUAUACCCACAGCUCCGGUCGGUGGAUACACCCUUCUCCUGGAGAAGAAGCAAGCUAACGGCCCUUCUUGCGCCCCUCUUAUCAGCUCCUCCACCACCUUACUCUACAGUGGCGCCAAAUCGGCCUCGGAGGGUCAAAAGGAUGGCAAAGACUCAGCACCGAGCGCAGCUGAGCCCCUGAGCGGUGCUCCUCACAUCCUUAAACCGGACCCCACGCCCGCGGCGUCCUGGAAGUUGCAGCGCAUCAGCAGCACCGUGAUGGAAGGUAACGCUGAAAACGACACCUGCACCAGCUCCCUGGGAGCUCAGCAGCAGUGUGACCUCACAGCCAAAAGCAACAAAUCCACCUCCAAAUCAGACUCCAUCGGCAACGGAAGCUCGGACUCGCGCCACAGCCCCGCCCCCUCCCCGAAGCGGCGGAUCUCCAUGGCUAGCAGCAGGAGGGACACAGACCUUCAAAUCUGA